CAAAGGGUUUGGUUCUUCUCACCACCCACGCCGCAGCGCAAACGUGUAGCAAUCCAUCAUGUCAUCCCAAUUUACCAUUCAUACCUCGACUCUCUUCGACCCCAAGAAGAAGGCGUUUGUGAAUGAUGUCUCGGUCACAGUCGACCCCAAGUCUGGCUUGAUUGUGGAAGUCAGUCAACGAAAACCAGGUUCCCUGGGCCAAUCCGUACCCAAAGGGGAUGUCGAUCUUCGGGGCAAGAUCGUGAUGCCGGGCUUUGUUGACGCGCAUACACACAUAUUCCUGCACGCUUACGACGAACGGGCCUCCGUCAUCCAGAAGCGCGACGAAAGCGUUGUUGAGCGAAUCGUCCGCGCCGCGAACCACGCCCGAACCGCGCUACUCGCAGGCUACACAACCUAUCGUGAUCUAAGCUCCGAGUCCAUGGGAGAGGGCGAUGCUCAACUCCGGGAUUGCAUCAACCGUGGUCUGACCCCGGGGCCGCGGCUGUUCGUAGCAACUAGAGCGCUUGCCAGCACGGGUUCUUAUGAACCUCGCACAGAGAACUCUUCCGGCGGCGUCUGUUUGCCGAUGGGAGGAGAAGCAGUAGACGGUCCUGAACAGGUGCGAACGGCCGUGAGACGACGCCUGGCCGCUGGGGCGGAUGUCAUCAAGUUCUUCGCCGAUUAUCGUCGCCGCGUCAUGCGAUACCCGCCUGCUCAGCAACAUCCCUAUGUUGUCGGUGUGAAGCACCCCCCUGCGGAACCCAAUCCUGAUCUUCUUGUCUUCGCACGGGAAGAAGUCGAGGCUCUGGUUCAGGAGGCGAAAAUGGGCAAGGCGCCCGUCGUUUGCCACGCUGGGACUAUUGAGGGCGCCUUGAUCGCCGUUAACGCUGGUGUGCAUACUAUCGAACACGCAUACUUCGCAAAUAGGGAGCUAUUCGAGUUGAUGAAGGAGAAGGGGACGGUCUUCUGCCCGACCCUGGCGGUAUGUGAGCGUCUCCACCAUCGCCGCUACCCCGAAAUCAGAGCGCAGACAAAACUGGCCUACGAAGUCGGCGUGCGAUUUUGCUGUGGAGGGGACACAGGUCCUUUUCCCCACGGCCAAGGGGUGAGAGAGUUGGAACUUAUGCACGAAGCUGGUCUCCCCCUGGAAGAUGUCUUGGAGGCAUGCUUUGUUGGGGGAUGGGAAGCUUGUGGCGGCGAUUUAUGCGGAAUGCGCUUCGGAUGGUUUGAACCAGGUCUGCGAGCAGACAUUAUAGCACUUACUUCCGACCCGCGUGAGGACAGAUUGGCGUUGAGACACGUCGACUUUGUCAUGAAGGACGCUCAAAUCUUCAAACAGGAUGGACGGGGCACAGGCAUCUUCGCUGAUCACCACCAAUGGGAUCAGACAGGCAAUUACAUACCUCCCAAAUGA